GCAAAUAAACGUCACAUUUUUUAUAACAAGUGAAUAAAUUAUUUUUUAAAUUUAAUAUUUCCACUGAAUUCUGUAAAGUUAGAACGUCAUAAGCUGCAUCAUGGAAUGAUUGUUGUUCAUCAUCUGAAUUUUUUAAAAAAUCUUGACUGAGACUAAUUUAAAUUUACCAGGACCUUUUCUAUCACCCAAGACCGAUCGAAAUAUUGCUAAAGUAAAAUCUGCCAUUCUUUUGCCGCGAAGUCAUUAUUUAUUAUUUGCAGUCUCCAACUAUACGUAACCUUAAAAUUAUUUCAAAACAUUAAAUUUUUCUACAACACAUGUCUCAAGGGCAAACGAUUCUGAGCGAGAAUGCAACGUAGCCAAGUCAAAAAAAAAGACGCAGUGGGAUUAUUUCUCUACUUCUGCGCAUGUGAGAGGAGGCGCAAAAGUGUACUGCAUCUCAACUACUUCGUAUUGUAGUUAUAAUGCUUUACAUUGGGGCAAAUGGGGGGAAAUUUUUCUGAAAGUUGAGAACCGUUGUAGGGUAAUACCUCCUUAACAUGUGACAUAUCAGAGUCAAAAAUUAACAUAUAAUAAUAUUAUUUUAAAAAUAUGUCUGUUGAAUCGUGUUUCUCGAAGAGUAUUUAUUUGGAUCCUGAGUCUGGAAAACAAUAUCCCAUGUGGGUUUCAAAAGAAACGCAAGAAAAAAUACAAUCAGAUAAAACCUUUUCUUUAAAACUCUUCAACUGGGCAAAAACUAUGCAUACCAACAAUUCCGGAAACGAUGAAAUUUUUUAUCUUGGUGAAGAAAGCUUCAACAUACUAGAUGUAACCAAAGAAUCACGUCAAAUUAAUAAUGAUGAUAAUAAUAAUAAUGAUAAUGAUUUCGAUAUGAGAGAAUUUAUUUCUUUCAACUCAACUAUUUCAAAAUCUACUCAAAAUUCUAAUGAAGCAGUUCAACAAAGUGAUUGUCGCUGUUCUACAAGACAAAGUAAAGAAAAAUAUAGCCGGAAAUAUAAUGGUAGUUUAGCAUUAAUCAGGAGUUAUGGAUUUCACUAUGAAGAAAAAAAUCAUCCAAUGAAGAAAAAAUUUUUUUGGAAUAACAUCGCGAACGAUCUAAUAAGUCAAAAAUACAACGUUAAUGAAAAACUCUGUCAGACUAGAUGAAAUAGUCUUUAUCAGUUACAAACAAUGUAAAGACAGAACUGGACGUCCUCCUGAGCAGUUAACUUUUUAUGAAGAAAUACAUGAAAUUUUGGGAAGCAGGCCAACAAAUUCAUCGCCGCACUCUAUAAGCUCAUUGCCCAAGAAAUUACAAGACGAUGAUAAGGAAAAUAAAACUGAUAAUAAUCAAAUCAAAUCAAAAAGUAAAAAAAAAAAUCUAUUGAAGAUGACAAUGAAAGAAUGCAGUAUAAAAAACUCAAGCUUGAAUUAGAGAGAGAAAAGUUGCAAAUUCAAAAGAAAAAGUGUCAAUUAAUUAAAAAAUAUCUCCAAUUAAAAAAAGGUUCCUAAUAAAGAAAAACCGAGUUACGA